UGGGUGACCGUGACGAAAUCGGCGAAAUAAAAGCGCUCACCUGGACACGCUGCUUGGGUACGAGCGAAAAGUGAACGAGCCGCGCACAACCACCGCUGAAGAGUGCUGACCUCCAGAAUACUUCAUCAACAAUGAUUGCCAACAUCUCUAUUUUCUGCGUGUCUUCACUUCUACUUUUAAACUUGGUCGGUGCCAAACCAGUUACCAGUUUACAGAGUCUUAAGCAGUUUUUAGAUGAAGAAGUGAACACGCCGUUUGUGGAGUCGGAGGAGUCGGUGAUGGAGCAGAAAGAUGCAAGAGCGGAGAAAAGCGCACUGGACGAGCACGCGGAACAACUGUGGGAGUCAGACGCGCGCAACUCAGCGCUGGCGGGAAAAGAUAGCGCGUUCGAGCGUCUCCUAGGUGACUUGCUGUCCACAUCCAAGCGUUCGUGGAGUCGAUUCAAGAAAGGCGGGCUGAGGAGCUGCUUUGGGGUCAGACUCGAAAGAAUCGGGUCUUUUAGCGGACUCGGGUGUUAAGCGGAGGUAUGUUAGGAGAUGUUAACUCAUCUUGACCAGAUAUAAACAUGGAAAAUUGUUCAAACGCGUAUUAGAAAUAAAAUAAGUCAUGUCUUAUUACUUCAUGUCAUGUCACUUCUUGCAGGUUGGGACUUUGAAAUACUUGACAUACUUGGGCAGGCACAUCUUUGAUAAAAAAAAAAAAGAGUGUUGACUGAAAGUUUACCGUAGAUUUGUGUUCAGGUGAUGCUGUGUGUGUUGGUCAUUGUUUAUUUAAGAUUCAGACAUGUAAAUAGUUUGUAUCUGAAGAUUCCAUGAUUGCUGCUUUGUACUGUUGCAUCUAUUUAUUUAUUUAUGUAUGUAUUUAUUUAUGUCCUCUCUAAAUCCAGUCGUGUUAUAGAUAAUGUAUAUUGCUGCAAAAUAAAUAUUUUGCGUAA